UUUCCCGCGCUUUAAAUCCUACCCUUUAUUAUUGAUUUUAUAUUUUAUUAUUGUAUUUAUCCCCACCCAUGUCUGCGGCUCCAAUCUGAUAGUCAAAGUUGUUUGCUUUACUCACUUUCUAUCACAACACAACCCUUCAGCUAAGUUUUCUCUUCUUUCUUCAUCACUAUUCAUCUCUCAAUUUUGAUACUUUCUUCAUCAAAUGGAGACAGUGAAACCCAAAUCGGGUCUCAACGGCAAGAGCAGACUGGCCAAGACUUUUCAGAAAGUAAUCAACUUGAGAAGUGCAACAAAGAACAUGGCGUCUAACAAUGGGAUUGGAAUUUGUAUCCUUACUUCACAGCACAAGUUUGGAGGAGAUGACUCGUUUUGUAUAAAGAGAAGUAGUAAUAAUCACAUGGAAAAACCUGGAGAUCCCAGAGCUAAGCACAGAGCAGUCAUGGAAGCAUUGGUGGCGAAGCUUUUUGCCGGAAUCACUUCGAUUAAAGCUGCAUAUGCCGAGCUGCAAAUGGCUCAGUAUCCUUACAACAGUGAGGCGAUUCAUGUGGCGGACCAGGCUGUUGUUGAUGAGUUGAAGGCUAUAUCUGAGUUGAAACGUGCAUUCUUGAAGAAAGAACUUGAUCUUUCGCCUCAAGUUACUAUUAUGUUAGCGGAGAUUCAAGAACAACAAAGUUUGAUGAAGACUUAUGGGAUAACUAUCAAGAAACUGGAGGCUGAAGUUGAGAUGAAAGAGUCAGCAAUUUCUGAACUGGAAAAACAGCUUCAAGAGGCCAUCGCGUUCAAUAAGACCAUUGAAAAGAGAUUAAACGCCAGUGGACCUAUAUCAAUACUCGACAAUCUUCAGCUUUCUGCUUUGAAUCCGAGCCACUUCGUUCAGUUUCUUCACUAUACGUUAAGAUCUGUGCGGAAUUUUGUGAAGUUAAUGAACAAAGAAAUGGAGUCGGCUCACUGGGAUCUUGAUUCAGCAGCCAAAGUUAUAGAACCUGAAGCAAUUUUUUCAAAGCCAAGCCAUAAAUAUUUCGCCUUUGAAUCCUUUGUUUGCAAAACAAUGCUUGAAGGUUUCAAUUUUCCGAAUUUUUCACCAACAACUGAGUCUGAGUCUUUUAACAAAGUCCCUCGUGAACAAUACUUGAAUGAAUUCAAGAAACUCAAAUCUGUGAAUGUAAAGCACUUUCUUUCUCAGAAACAGAACUCAAACUCUAGUUUCGCUAAGUUUACUCGCGCCAAGUACCUUCAUUUAGUCCACGCAAAAAUGGAGUGUUCACUUUUCGGUAACCUGAACCAGAGAAAGCAGAUUAAUGGUGGAGAUUUCCCAGAUUCUGUUUUCUUCAUAUAUUUUAGUGAGAUGGCGAGACGGGCUUGGCUUUUACAUCGCUUGGCAUUCUCAUUUGAUCAAGAAGUUAACAUUUUUCAGGUCCCAAGAAACUGCAGAUUUUCAGAAGUUUAUAUGGAGAAUGUGAGCGAUGACUCAAUUGUUUCAUGUGAAAUUCCUGAUUCUGGUGUUGAUUUCCGUGUGCAUUUUACAGUUGUUCCUGGGUUCAAGAUUGGCAAAACUGUGAUACAGAGUCAGGUUUAUUUGUCUCCGGUGACAGUGAAUUCCCCGGCAAGUCGUUAAUUUUAUUUUAUAUUUAGAAAAAUACUUUUGUGAAGGUAUUUUUAUUUAUUUAUUUAUAAAAGAAAAGGGUAUAAUUGUAUAUUGCACUAGUAGUUCAGAUGUGAAAAGAAAUGAUGAAAAAGGCUUGAUCUUAAA